CAGUGUAGUUGUCUGAGGUCCUUGAGCAACAUACAAAAUGUUUCCUGUAGGACAAGAAACUUACGAGAAAGUACAAACGACACAGUCUUCAUGUGGGGGAUAUUUCAAGUGUUACCCGACCAGUGACGAUAUUUUGGAUGCCUUUGAUGUCUCCAUGUUUGGCGGGGAACACUGUGGAUCACCUGUCAACAGUACAGACUAUUCACCACUCACUGACACCUAUCAACCAUAUGGAGGAAACACUGACCAGGUAACUAACACUCAAGACUUUGGCAACAACUACAACAAGAUGUGGACAACAGGAGGAGCUACAAGUAGUUUAGAUUUCUGCAGGUCAAAUCUUACCAACUCCUAUCCAUCGCAGGCAACUGCAAGUCAAGAUCAGCCCAUGUUUCCCUGGCCGAGUGAUGCUUGUCACUCAGCAGUUGGUGAACAGAUGGCGUCACUCACUGGACGGAAGGUGAAAGUAUAUGAAUGGCCACCCCAGAGUGACCCCGAACUGGAGAAGAAGAGAAAACGAGCGAUAAAGGCCUUCAAAAACCGGAUGAAAGACAGCCAGCAGGAGGAAGAGCAGUACAUGAAGCUGGACACCCUCACCCAGGAGGUGUCACACCUCCAGAGGGAGAAGAAUGCUCGGGAACAGACCGUAGCAGCCAUGCAAGCCUACAUCAAUCACCUGGCGGCUUCAUCCGCUCCCCAAUACAAUUGUGACCCCUGGUGAUAGAUCAAGAUGGACAUCCUCAUGUGGGUUAUUGACGAAGGUAAUCACUCGUGGAUGUUGGUGAACCACAUCAUCACUUACCAAGAUCAUGUGACCUGAUACUGUAUGUGCUGGAUCAUGUGACCUUAUACUGUAUGUGAUGAAACAUGUGAUCUGCUACUCUAUGUGCUGGAUCAUGUGACCUGAUACUGCAUGUGCUGGAUCAUGUGGCCUGAUACUGUAUGUUAUGAAUCACAUAUCCUCAGCCAACAUAUUUUGGAUCAAGUGACAUUCAUUAUCUGUACUUCACGAUAUCUCAUUCUAUAUGCGGUGGAUGAAGAGGCCAGACACUACGUUUGACGGUACUUGUGUACAGUCUUGGUGGGACAAAUGAUGAACUACAGAGAUGUCCAGGAACUUCUGAAAAAUAUCACCAUACGUCCAUCGCAGCACUUGUUAUUGGCCCAAGAAGUGAACCGUACGAACAUUUUUCCACCUGUUAAUAGUUCAGACGUAUUAAUGAGCUGUUGUAUGUGUAUAAGUGCAUGCACACCAAACAUGAGACACGUGUUAGUA